AUGACUUUCUCCAGCCUAUGCUAUCCAGAAUGCGGGGUGGCCCGACCCAGUCCAGUCACUGGCAGCUCCAACGAGCCGUGCGUUAGGCAGUGCCCUGACUCCGAAGUGGUGAUCAGACCCUCACCAGUUGUCGUGACCCUCCCCGGACCAAUUCUCAGCAAUUUCCCUCAACAGAGCGAAGUGGCAGCCGUAGGAGCACCUGUGGUCGGAGCCGGUUUCGGAGGCUCCUAUGGUUUGGGGGGAUUGUACGGCUAUGGAGGCCAUUACGGAGGAUUGUAUGGUUUAGGGAGAUUAGGUGGUUACGGUGGCCGUUAUGGUUAUGGGGGAUUAUUGGGAAAUGGGGGAUACUGUGGUUACCCAGGCCGUUAUGGUUAUGGGGGAUUAUUGGGCAAUGGGGGAUACUGUGGUUACCCAGGCCUUUAUGGUUAUGGGGGAUUAUGGGGAAAUGGGGGACACUGCGGUUACCCGGGCCUUUAUGGUUAUGGGGGAUUUAGUGGUUCCGGGGUAUCUUGCCAUAGGUACCUCAGUGGAAGCAGUGGGCCAUGUUAA